UCUGCCACCUGGCUUAGUGGGUUGCCUUAGUUUUCUUCCACGUGCAUUUGUGCCCAAUUGCAUUUCUCUCUCUAUUUCUCCCGUAGAGUUGGCUCUUUCUUCCUUCCUUUCUUUCUCUUCCUUCCUUUCUUUCUUUCUUCUUCUAUUUUCUUCUUUUCUCUUUCGAUUCGAAUAAAACCAGCCCAAUUGCAUUUCUCUCUCUAUUUCUCCCGUAGAGUUGGUUGUCUUUUCCUUCCUUUCUUUCUUCUUCUAUUUUCUUCUUUUCUCUUCCGAUUCGAACACAACCAGCCGCAAGAAAGUCAUUUUCUUUGUGCUGUGCAUGUUGCAUUUUCUGUUUUGAAUAUGAUUCUCUUCUCAUCUUCAUUCUAUUCUUUGGUCUGAUUUUUUGUGGUUUGAUUUUUGGGACAGACUACAGUAACAACGACAGUGCUGAAGGUCAGGAUGGUGUUGAAUAAUAAAGGUGUCAUUUUGAACUAUUUUCCCCCUUUUCUGGGGCUGUUAUUUGUCUCUAUUUGCAAGGUUUUAAUUUUGUUUGUUGUUAUACAUGUUUUCUUUUUAAUAAUAUUUAUUUUUUGUUACUGGUUUUUCAACCGUGUUUUUGGUUCCUUUUUAUUUUCCCGGGCUAUCGACGAAGAAGCAUUCAGCAGGCAAGUUGUUUCUAUUUGGAAGGUUUUAAUUUUGUUUGUUGUUAUGCAUUUUUUUUUCUUAAUAAUAGUUAUUUUUUCUUACUGAUUUUAUAACUAUGUUUUUGGUUUCUUUUUAUUUUCCCGGGCUAUCGACGAAAAAGCAUCAUGCAGGCUAUCGCGAAGAAGCAUCCACCAGAAAGAUAUUCAUAGGGGGUUUAGCGAGAAAAAUGACUAUUGCGCAAUUCAUCAAGCACCUAGAAAUCGUGGAGAAGACAGUUCAGGUUUGGCAUUUGGAGAGGAGGGAACCACAGGUAUAUUGGUUUAAGGUGGAGUUUCUUCUGCAAUGGCAACACAUGAAGGGAAUUUCAUGGCUUUGGAAACUUCCAUUAGCUGGAAAUCGAAAAUGCAAGAGACAAAGAAAAUGUUUCCAGGCCUUGAAGGUUUUCCCAAUCAUACUGAAAAUGCUACUGAUGUAUAAGAUGGGAUGGAUAGGCUAUCAAAAUUACUUGACGGCAUAAGUUCUGUGCACAAUGAAGCGGUUUUUAUAGGAUAUUUAUUAAUAACCAUAAUAAUUGAUGAUCCAGUUUCAUUGGAAACAAGAUUGAAUGUUGUUGUGAAUCAUUAUUCGUUGUUUCAAGUUCCUAUAUCUAUAAACUAUAGACUGCUUGAUGAUCAAAGAGAGGGAGUGAGGUUUUGACAUGGUUUUCUCAACAACGAUCAUGGAGGCGUACUUGGAGAUGA